CCAGGAGCCUGCAUUCACUAUAUCUGGUCUCCCACAGUACAUAUAACAUGGAAAUGCAAUUAUUUUACUAAAUAUAAACUACUAAAUACCUUUUCUCAUCAGCAGUUAAAGCAAUCUUGUGACUUCAGCAGAGCACUGGUUAAAGCUUUUAGGAGGAGUUUUCUUUCUGGUCUAGGAUGUUGCAGGACCCCUGACCUCUGUCUGGACAGUGCUGAUUGGUCCUGUGCUGAUCACAUGCACUGUCCCAAGAAACAAAAACCUCUCUAGCAAUACACACCAAAUUGAGCAUGUGCAGUGUCUACACAUGAUAUCUCUUUUCAGGAGAUAAGAGGUAG